AUGGAUGUUAUGAUGGUCUGGAAGGUUUUCCCUCUAGUCUACGUCGUCAUCGGAACUUUGGGCAACCUCUUCGUCAUGAUAAUUUUCUUGAGGAAUAAAGAUUUGCGUCGUUCACCCAAUACAAUAAUCAUGUUCUUCACUUCACUCAUAGACAUCGUCCUUCUUUAUGUGUCAUUGCUGUGGAAAUGGUACAGUUAUUCGGAUUAUCCAAAUGAAAAAAAAGUCGGCGCUGUCUUGUGCAAAUUUCGCCAAUGGAUUGCCGUCUCGUUCGGCAUGAUGGAACCAUGGUUUUUGAUAGUUGUUACGUUCCAGCGGACUUGGUUGAUAUAUCGUCCACUCAGCAGUCUCGGUCAGACGAAAAGCCAGCGAAGAUCAAUUCUGCAAGUGGUAGGUUUUAUGAUAUUCAUUCUUCUCUUAAAUUCCCACCUCUUGUACGAUUCAGACAAAGGCAAUCAAAUGAACAUUAAGCGUUUCAUCUGCUGUGACCUUAAUUCGCCCUAUCUUCCAAUUUAUAUUGAGUGGCUGAAAAUACAGGCGGUCAGCACGUUUAUUCUACCAACGUUUCUAAUCUUGAUUUUGGACGUAAGCCUUUUGUAUCGGUUAGGAUUCUUUUGCUGCGCGUCCAGCGCUAAAUAUCGCCGGGGGAAUAACAACCCCAAUUCUGUGGCGGCUAGUGCAACACGCAAUUUGACGCUUAUAUUCGCUAUAAAUAUAGUUUAUUUGGUCACAUCUAUUCCUACAGCAAUCUUUAGUAUUUCUGGUUCGCAAGAUUUAGAUUUCAACAUCGUUUGCAAUAUACUACUCUACAUUCGCAAUACGUUCGGCUUCCUUACAUAUCUAACCAACAGUCUCUUUCGGAAGACAGUUUCGUCAAUGUUUAGCAAAAGAUUUAGCGUCUGCUGUCGAAGGAACUCAAACAAUACGAUCACUCCCGAAAACGGUACAAUAUGA